AUGCUCUUUUCAGCCAUUCUUCUGGGUAUGUCUUAUAUAUUUAUUUUACUUUGAACAUGUUUAGGUGUAAUAUUCACUCUUCCCACCGCAUCCUCACAAUUAUUGGGACUAGGUUGGCCAUUCAAUUUGGGAUACAAUAGAUACUAUGGAGGGCGAUGCUGUCAAAAUUAUUAUAGUAAGUGGACUAAUAUCGAUUUAUUUUUGAUGUGAAGUGUAAUAUAAAUUAAUCUUAUAUCUCAUAAUAACAUGUUAUAACACCAAAUUUUUAGACCCUUGCACAAACCCGUGCGCCAACAAUUACGGCUAUAACUCGUUCUAUCGGCCUUUAGGGAUGGGUUACGGUAUGCCGGGUUACGGUAAUGGCUUAGGGAUGCCGGGUUAUGGAGCAGGAUUUGGAGGAAUUGGAGGGUAUCCGGGGUGAGUAAUCUACUGCCUAUGUAUACAACAAUCAUGACAAAUUUAUAUCACUACCUUAUAUUUUCAGUGCGGGUUACGGUACUGGCUUCGGAAUGCCCGGAAUGGGACUAAUGGAAAACUAUGGUGGACUGGGUGGUAUGGGAUAUGGAGGAGGCAUCGGAACAAGUAUAUUCGACAAUCCCGGGCUCUACGGGAUCACCGGGAAUCUACCUUAUGGCGCUAUGAUGGACCCUGCAUUGGCUAGGCCGGGCAUUGGAAUAGGGCCUUAUGGAUUCGGCAAUAUUAGGUACAAGGAGAAGAAGUCGACAAAAGAAGACGAACAGGAGAGAAGCUCAAGCGAUUCGGCCAACAUAUUAACCAUGGAUCAACUGGUCGAAAAGAAAAAAUAA